AUGUCAAAGGACAACACCUCCAGCCUGACACCAGGGUCUUUCAUCUUAACAGGGAUCCCUGGGUUGGAAGCUGCACAUGUCUGGAUCUCCCUGCCAUUCUGCUUUAUGUACAUCAUUGCUGUUGUGGGAAACUGUGGGCUCAUCUACCUCAUCAGUCAUGAGGAAGCCCUGCACAGACCCAUGUACUAUUUUCUGGCCCUGCUCUCCUUCACAGAUGUCACCCUGUGCACUUCCACUGUACCCAAUAUGCUUUGUAUAUUCUGGUUUAACCUCAAGAAGAUUGACUUUAAUGCUUGCCUGACCCAGAUGUUUUUUGUUCACAUGCUGACAGGGAUGGAGUCUGGGGUGCUCAUGCUCAUGGCUCUGGACCGUUAUGUGGCCAUCUGCUACCCCUUACGUUAUGCUACCAUUCUCACCAACCCUGUCAUUGCCAAGGCUGGUUUUGUUACAUUCUUGAGAAGUGUAAUGCUCAUGAUCCCCUUCACUUUCCUCACAAAGCGUCUGCCUUAUUGCAGGGGUAAUUUCAUUCCUCACACCUACUGUGACCACAUGUCUGUAGCUAAGGUGUCCUGUGGCAAUUUUAAGGUCAAUGCUAUCUAUGGUUUGAUGGUCGCCCUUUUGAUUGGUGUGUUUGACAUUUGUUGUAUUUGUGUAUCUUAUACCAUGAUUCUGCGAGCAGUGGUGAGUUUAUCAUCUGCAGAUGCCCGUCAUAAAGCUUUUAGUACCUGUACAUCUCAUAUAUGUGCCAUUGUAAUUACCUAUGUCCCAGCUUUUUUCACAUUUUUCACUCAUCGUUUUGGAGAAAACAGUAUCCCUCACCACUUACACAUAAUUAUAGCUAAUCUUUAUCUGCUGACGCCCCCUACAAUGAAUCCAAUUGUUUAUGGAGUGAAGACCAAACAGAUUAGAGAAGGUGUGAUAAAAUUUUUAUUUGGAGACAAGGCUAUCAUUACCCAAGACAAAUCAUGA